AUGUCAACUAUUGGCCGAAUUACCAAUUCUAUUCUAUCUGGGGUGAACGAAAACAGCCUUUCCCUUGCCAUAUUAAACUUCGACUUCUCCCUCAUUCAAAUUCAAGCGCCAAAAGAGUAUGAGCCACUCGCAUCUGCUCUCUCGACCCAUCGUCGGCAAGAUGCAGAAGAAGGCCAACCACAUAGGACAGCCCGGAGACUAGGUGCUUUGUUUGAGGACAUUAUUCCAUCAAUUCCAAAGUUAAUCGACGCUUUUGGUAAAAGGGUUUCGCAGAUUGUGCAAACGCCAGGUAUCAAUCCCCGGGGUGAUUCCUCGCAUGGACCAUUCGAACGGUUUGUUGGCGCGGACGGAACAGCUCUCUGGGCUGCUGCUACCUCUGGAUAUUCUGCUCUUGGUGUAUACCUUCUUUCGUGCUUGCUUGCUCAAGCCUGGGACUCGAAAACAGCAACGGCGCUGUGGGUAGAGCUCGUUAAGCAACGACAGAAGGAAAUUCAGUCGGCAUACGAGAACAACCAUAAAGUCUCUAUGUAUACUCUAUUCAGUGCUCGCCAGGAGAUUUCAAGGGAUGAUCUAGCACGAUGGGACAACAGCGCUUGGUUAAGAAGUGCCAGAAGUGCCAAGGCCCUCCAAUGUAACCAACUCUUGCUGAUCAGCAAGAACCUGCAGCUUCCAAUAUUCACUACCACCUCUACUUACACAAGUUCCACUUACACAGACUCGAUAGUACUGGGAACAACACCCCCAACUCAUGUAUCAUUUCGAGAUGUACUCUUCCCACCAGGAGGAAUGUGUACUGUUCGCCAGGAAAGGAAGGCCACUGACUAUUCUGGGGGAAUCAAGUGGUCGUCAACGCUAUCGCAUCUACGAUACUACGGGACCCCGUAG